UGUUUUAGCUAACUUAUGCUACAAGUGAAGGUUUUGUCGUAUCGAUUUAAGGACACGCGUCCUAAACUUUUAAUGUUUUUUAUUUUAACCGAGAGAUGGAUGAAGAUGAACGGCAGAGGAAACUAGAAGCUGGGAGAGCGAAGCUUGCUAGCUUCCGACAGAAGCGGGCGAAAAGCAACGGUGCGGGGGCGACGAAAAAGACGCAGAAGAGGAAGGGCCAGGCUGACUCGCAGAAUGACAGCGCGGCGCAAGAUCGUCACGUAGAGCUGGCGCCUUCGACAGCCAAGGACACAGAGCUGAGCAGCAAGACCAACCAUGAGGAAACCCAAGAGCGCGAGAAUUCAGAGGUUCAGCAGCAGAGCCAACCACAGAAGGAUGAGCCCCCAACCCUGGAGCAAAGCCUGUCCCCUGUCAAAGAGUUGAGGGAUGAGGAGCUCAUUGCACUCACUGACAAAGAGCAGCUAAAGCAGUUACAACAGGCUGUGGAGAAGCGUAAUGACAUAAUUGCCAAGCUCAGCUCCAACCUGCAGGAGGCCCUGGCCAGUAGAGACCAGGUACAGCUGGAGGCACAGAGCCUUGCUGGGCAGAUUCAGGGGCUACAGAAACAGCUCCAGCUGACGAGCGCAGAGUUUCAGCGCAUCACAAAUCAGUCGGGGCCUGAAGUCCUUAAUGCUAAUCAACAGCAGCGUCAGCUUGGCCACGACUCCCAAGAUGCAGACCUCAAUCAUAAGGAUGCACCAUUGGGGAAAUCAGGAAGUGCUGGUCUUAGCUCCCAGUCAAGUGUGGAAAGCUUCGUCGCUGACAGUGACACUGAGAUGGACUCUGUUCUGCACAACCUGAGGGCUAAGCUGGAAGAGGAAAAGGAGAACAGCCAACGCAUAUGUGCCGAACUAGCAGAGGAGAGGGAAAAUCACCAACAAGUGCUUUCUUUACUUGAGGAGGAAAAGAGAAGCAGGGAAAAUGAGCAGAAAGCAAGGGAAGCACAGCUGCAGGACCUCCAGGCCCACCUGAGCCAAGUCCAAACUCAGUGCCUUGAGAUGCAACAGUACAAAGAGGAGAAGGAGAAGCUCAACAGAGAAGUUGUGGAGCUGAGGAAAAUGCUUCAAGAGGAAGAAGAUGCAGUGAGGAGAUUCAGUGAGGAGGCAGCCAGCUCUGCCCUUCGCCUCCAGAGCCUUGAGGAGGAAAGAGGGAGGCAAGAGGAGGAGAUGAAUAUGCUGAAAGAGGAGCACAGAGAAGAGGUGGAGAGAGUCAAGCAGCUUUUGGAAGAGAGGGAAAAAGAACUUAAGUUCAGAGAGGAAGAAGUUCUCGGACUUAAAGCUUCCAAGAAUCGACAGAACCAAGCAAAAGCUGGUUUUAGUUGUGAUGAGAGGAUUGAUGUAGAUGAGGCCAAUCUGGAAAGUGGAUCUGAUCGGGACAGUAUGAUUGUAUCAACAACUGGUGACCUUCUGGAGCGGUACUUGUCUUCAGCUCCCCGUGCACACUCGCAGUCUUCAGUGGUCAAUGAAAGCUUUGAACAUUGCAGUCAGCUGGACAUAUCUGCAGAAUACAGUUUUGAGUUGAACAGUGAAGUGUUGGGCGACCAGCCUCUGCUGUCAAUUUCAAACUGUCCCCACGAAGAUGAUGUUGGAGACUUCCACAACAUCCCUCAGUGCUCUCCCGGCAUCUCGGUCACCGAUGAUUCCAAUCCUCAGUCUCUGUCUCAGUGGCUUAACAUCUCCACAUCCGGCAAGCUGGAGAUGAGUAACAUUUCAGAGCAGCAUUUUGAGGAGUCAAGCCUAGACAAAGAGCUGCUAAAUCAGCAGUUUGGGGAGCUCCAAGAGGAGCUGGCCCUCAAGGACAGAGACUUGAAUUUGUUAGGAGAGGAAAUCAUCAAGAGUGCUGAAGAGCUGGAGGAAGCCAGGAGCAGGUGGGCCCAAGUAACAGAAGAGCUCAGGCAGGCUCUCUUGGAACUGGAGGAGGAAAAGGAAAAGAGGAUACAUGUCGAGGAGGAGAUGAACUUGAAAGCAUAUGAACAAGAAAACCUUAAGAACAAACUCUGUGCCUUAUUAGAAGAGAGAGAAGAAGAGAAGGCAGUAAUGUUGAUGGGAAAAGAGGCUGAAAUCUCUGCUGAAACAUCCCUGCUAGCCCCUGCUACCUUUCCAUCAGUGGAGGGAGAUAAACUGGUAGGGGAGCUAAAGAAGGAGAAGGAGUCAGCAGCACUCGUGUCUCAUCAAAAACAGGAGGAGCUGCUGGUAACGUCUCUGCAGGAGAUUAAGCAGACUGCCGAAUCGACCAAACAGAGCCCAGAACUCAGAGAUGACAACAAGCUGCGAACACUACAGGCUCGUUGCGAUGAUCUCAUGUCAGAGUUAGAGGAAACAAAAGUAAGACAUGAAACCACAUCAGGAUUACUAGAUGAAAGGACUGUGGAGCUUGACACAGCAUUAAAGGAGCUCAAAACUACUCAUGCACAGAUUCUAACCGUCCAAGCCGAGGUAGAUAGACUCCAGGACGAGCUGGAGAAGAGCCACAGCAGUCUCGACCACGCUGAGAAACAGAGAAGGGAACUGGAAUCUCAAAUUGUCUGCCUGAGAAAAAACCUUGCCAACGUGGAGGAAGGGUUGACCCAGGCCGGCCAUGAGAACGAGGAGCACAAGAGAAAGAAAGAAGAAGUGGAUGAACAGAUUAAAAAGAUGGAACAGGUGCUAGAGGAGGAACUUGAACAGUUUGAGAACCUGCUAAAAGCCAAGGAUGUUGAGUUGGCUGAAGAGAAGGAGAAAUGGGAGGAAGAGAGGCAGGAGAAAGAGAAAGAGCUCCUUGAUGUGAGGCAUGUCCUGGAGGAGCAGAGGAGGGAGAGAGAAGAGGAGGUGAAGGCUCUACUGGAGAAGCAUGUCCUGGCUUUGGACGAGGCUACAGAGAGGCUCAGGACGUCUCACCAACAGGGGAUUAAAGACCUGAUGGAUAAACAUCAACAAGAGAUUUUGGAGUUGAACACCCACCUGGAGACAAAGCUGCUGGAGCAGGAAGCCACUAAGGAGGAAGAACAGAAGAGACAGAUCAGCCUCAUCAAACAGGUGACUGAGCGUGAGCAUGAGAGGAUGAUGUCAGAGCUGGUUGCCAAACACAAUGAGGAGAUUAGUCAACUGCGGACAGCGCUCUCCCUGGAGUUGAGAGAGAGCAUGGAAGCUGCCCACCAGGCGGAACUGCAGCAGGUUCAGGCCCAAAAAACCUGUGAGUUUGAAGCAUUGCGCCUGAGCCUGACAGACGUCCACAUGUCCCAGGUACAGCUUUCUCAGAUAAACCUGCAGCAAGACUCUGCUCAGGCCUCCCAGGAGACUUCCCUGUUGCGGGUUGGGCAUCAGUCAGAGCUGGACCUAAUCAGACUGCAGAACCAGGAGCAGCAGGAGAGACUGCUUGAGCUGCAUCACAGAGACAUGGAUGAGUUGAAGCAGCAGUGGGAGACUUGUGUUGCUCAGGAAAGAGCUUUCAUGGAGGAAAAGCAGGUCAAAGACAUACAGACUCUAAGGUCAAAGUGGGUGAAGGAAGCUGAAAGCACCCAGUCAACCCUCCAGAAAUCUCUCUCAGAGACACAGGACAGCCUUACUAGCACCCAGACAGAACUUGCCAACACUCAGGCCUCCCUCACCCAGACCAACAAAACUCUCACUGAAGCCCAGGCAGCUCUUUCCCAGACCCAGUCAGAGCUGUGGGAUUCAAAGGCCAGGUUGGAGGAGGUCCAGAACUCCAGUAAGGAGCAGAACCAGAAACUAGAGGAGGAACUGAAACAGGCCUGGACUGACAGGGAUGCCGCUGCCCGUACUCUGGAGGAGUUGGUUUCUAGUCACAAGGCAGUGCUGCAGGAGAAAGAACAGCAAGCACUCCACCUAGAGGAGACAGAACAGCAACUGCAGCAGGAGGUAUUGCGCCUACAAGAGGAGAAGGCCUUGCUGAAACAGAGUUCACAGCAGGAAGUAGGUCAGCUGUGGACCCAGCUGGAGUGCAUGAGGGCUAGUCGUCAAGAGUUGGGAGAGCUGAAGGAGCAGCUGCUAGCUCGCUCAUCUCGUGUUGAUGACAUGGAGCGCCUGAAGACAGAAUUUAAUGAACAAAAACAAGAAAUCAAAGAGCAGAAUGAGGCUGAGCUCGAAAGCCUGAGGAGGUACUUUGAGCAGCGGUUGCGAUCAGCAGAGGAGAGCUACAGAGAGGAAAUUGCUCUGCUCCAGCUGAGGCUGGUAGAACGUGCCUUGGAAGAAUCCGUGCUUAAAACCGCAGAUGACAGUUUCAUAUCUCAAGGUCAAGCUGAAGCUGAAGAUGAAAAAGAUGAUGUGCCAGAGAAACACAAGGAAAAUCUUGAGAGUUUGCACCUGGAGCUGGAGGAGAAACAUUCAACAGAGCUGGCCAGCCUACGAUCCUCUCUGGCUCUUUCCUUUAAGGAAGAGCUGCAGCAGGUGCGUUCAGACCUCACAGACUAUUACUAUGAAGAACUGCAGGAGAUGAAGACUCGUCAUGCCCUGGAGCUAGAGCAGCACAGAGCCAAACUCUCUGACCGUCACCUACAAGACCUCACCAGAGUCCGUUUGGAGGUGGCAAGACAGGUUGAGGUGGAGGUUGAACAGAGGAUGUGGUGUCAUACUGAGGAGCUGCAGGCAAGAAUGACGAUCAUCCACACCCUAGAAAACAAACUGGCUGACUUGAGUAAACAGCAUGAAGCAGAAAUGUCGAACAACACACAGAAGUUGAAGCAGGAGUUUGCUGGGGAGCUCGUUCAUCUUGAGGAAGCUCUGAAACUGGAGGAGGUGAAGAAGAUGAGAGAAGAGCUACAAGAGAAGCAUGAAGCUGAGCUCUCUGCCUUGAAGACAGACCUUGAGAAAGAGACCGAGAAGGAGAGAACAUGCUUGGAAAAAGCACUCAAGGAAGAGAGGGAGAAGUUGAAGUCUCUACAGGCUGCUCUGGACAACAAUGACAGCCCACAGGUCCUAUUAGUGAGCCAGAGACUGGAGGCCCAGUAUAACUGUGACCUGCAAAAGGCAAAAAGCUGCAUGGCAACAGAAAUCAAGGAACUCACUGUUCUCCUCCAGGAGCAGAGUAAGGAGCAGCUAUGCCAAGCAGAAGAGAGGUUUCAAGAGGAAAAAGCAGCAUUGGAGCAGUGUUUGGCCCAGAAAUAUGAAAUCUCUUUGGCAGAGCUUAAGAACAAACAUCAAACUGAGCUGGAACACGACAAAGCAUCACUCCUGAAUAAACACUCCCAAGAGAUGGACACACUCAAUGCCAAACACAAAGCCCAGCUCGAUUCACUCAGUACCAGUCACAGAGAUCAGCUUUCAGCAAUGGCCGCUGAGCUUGAAUCCAAGCACAACGCUGAGCUUGUUGCCUUGGAAGCGGCCCUCAAUUCCAAACGAAAGACAGACCUUGAAAGUCUUGAGGCUGUCUGUCAAGAAACCAGUCAAGCUCAACUUGAAGCUCUAGAGGCAGAGCUGGCUCGCAAACACCAGGAAGAUAAGGAUGAAUUGGAAAAGAGGAUGCUGGGUAAUAUGGACACUUUAGAGGCCACAUACCUGAAAGAAGUUCAAACAUUGCGUGAUGAAAUAGUGCAGCUUGAAGAGAGACACUGUCAAGAUGUUAAUAGUCAGAAGUCAGAGCAUCAGCAGAUAAUGGAGCAUCACAUCGCAGAGCAGCUGUCCGUCAGGGAGGACCUGAGGAAGGAGCUGGCUCACCUGCACAUGGAGAAGUUCAGCGCCAUGGCAGCAGAGCUAAGCCACGUUCACAAGACUGAGCUGUCUGCUCAGAAAGAGGCCUUAGAUGCUGAACACUGCAGAGCUCUGGAGACCCUUAAGAAGCAGGUUUUGGAGCUGGAGAAACAACACAGCACUGCUCUUCAGGAACUCUCUCAUUCCUACACUGCUGAGAAGGAGAAACUCGUCGGACAACAUGAACUCCAGCUACAGGAGUUGAGGAGCAUCUCUGCACGAGAAUUGGAGGCAUGUCGCAGGGAGGUGGAAGAGGAGUCGACAAGGCAGCGCCAGCACUUCCUAGAAGAGGCGGAGCUCCUCAAAGUCCAAUCAGAGGAGAGGCUGCAGGACAGGAUUAAUCAGCUGAAGACUGAGUUUGAAGAGCAGAAGGAGGCGGAGCUUGAGGACCUGAGGCGGAGCUUCACAUCUGAACAAGAGGAGAAGGAGCGCACCUACACCGGCAAAAUGAGCCAGCUCACUGCCCAGCUGCAGCAACUAGAUGCUGUGGUAGCCCAGCUGCGAGCAGAGGUCGGCUGUCUGCAGGGAGAGUUAGAAGGGAAGCGUGCCGAGAUGGACACCCUGGACACCCUCCUCCAAAGAAGGGAACGAGAGAGUCAGGAAGGAGGCAACCUUCUUAAGAUGCUCACUGACGACCUACAGAUGGCUAAAGAGGAAAGACGUAGCCUCCACCAGGCCAAUGACAAGCUGAAGAAGGUGCUGAUUGAGAUGCUUCGCUGCACCAUUGCAACAGAAGAACUUAUUGGACAAAAGAUUAGUGCGAGAACCAAAACCUCUGAGCAGGCGGCCCAUCAGAGAAGCGCAACGGGGAACAAAGAGACUCAAGAAUCAGGUAUUUCAGUUGCGGAUAUGUCAGCGGAGGACAUGGAGCUGACACAUCUACUCUGUGAGAGCCUGCUCGUUUCAGACACACAGAUCAACCCUGGAGGGGAGGAAGCAGCUCUGAAUGCCUGCAGCAGACUUCGUCACACUGUAGACACACUACUGGAGCUGCUCAACCACGCCAACACACAGCUGGAGCAGACUCAUGAUGUCCACCUCUCUCUUGAGGAAAAGUUCUCCCAGGGCAGAGAAGACUCCGCCCAACUCCUUGAGCAGCACAAGCUCUUAUUGGAGCAGCUUGAUCAGGAGGCGAAGCUGAAGAGUCAACUCCAGCUGGAGCUCCACAAGUCAGAGGGGCUACUGGACGGCUACGUGGCUGAAAAAGCCAUCAUGGAGGAAACUCUGCUGCAGAAGGAGGGACAAGAGGAGAGACUAGUGAAGGAGCUGGAGGACCUUAAGCUGAAGCUGCACCAGAUGCAGGGCUUCAAGACGGAGCUGGACAACCUUAGAGCGAAGCAUCAGGAGCUCAGUGAGGAGCAUGCAAUUCUCCUGCGUCAGAAGGAACAUCUCUCAGCUGAUCUGGGAGAAAGGGAGAAAGCUUUACUGGCAGAGGCAGAGCGUUUGACCCAGGACAGGCUGGACUUGCAGCGGCAGGCUGAGAAGGACCACAGCACUCUGUCACUGCGCCUCAGGGCCCUGGAGAGGGAGCUAGAAGAGCAAGAAACAAAGGGCCUGGAGACAGAGCUGCACCACAAGACCAACACUGAAGACCUCAACCAGCGCGUCCAAGCACUCGAAAAGUUGUUGAAACACAACCGGCAGUUUAUAGAGGAACAAGCUGUUGAGCGUGAGCAUGAAAGAGACGAGUUCCAGCAGGAGAUCCGAAGGCUGGAGGCCCAACUCAGACAGACGGCCAGCGGGGAUGUCAAAGGACACAGGUUUGAGGACUUGGUUCUGCAGGUGGAGAGUCUACAAGCCAUCAUCAAAGACAAGACAGAGGACCACGUCUCCUUGAUCGCAGCCAAUCAGCAAGCACAGCGCGAUCUCACCGAACGCAACGAGGAGAUAGACAAGCUAGCUGGACGAAUCAGAGAGCUUGAGCAGGCGUUGCUCAACAGUGCGGAGAGUAACAGAUCUGUUAGUCAACUUGAACAAGAGCUUAACAGAGUCAAGUUGAGAGAACAGGAGCUCACACAAGAUAAACAGGCGCUGGAGCAGCAGCAGCUGUCCAGCAGGCUUCAGAUCUCAGCCCUGCAGUCUAAGCUGGAUGAGACAAGACACUGUUACCUUGACAAUGCACGUGACCCCACCCAGGAGCUCAGGGAUGCCCUGGACACUGCUCAGCAGAGCCUACAGGGCAAAGAGCAAGAGGUUGAAGGCCUGUUCAGUCAGCUGGAAAAUGUGCAGAGGGACUUGAGCAUCAAAGAGGUCGAGCUGAAACACCUUACGUUACAGCUGGAGAUGCUGACCAACCGGAACACAACUCAUGUUAAUGAGCUUCAUGAACAGAUUGCUGUCCUUAGGGAGAACGUGUCUUCCCUCACUGUUCUCAAGGAGACAGAGGAACAGAGGGAGGCAGACGACACAGAGGAAGAGACCCUCCCCUCAGCACUACUCCAGGAGAAAAACCAUGAGAUCGACCACCUCACCGAUGAGAUCCAAAGACUAGAACAAGAACUAGAGAACACCGGGGAUACCAAGGCUUUGGAGGCUGAGCUUGAGGAUCUGCGUUCGCAGGUUGAACAUCUUCAGUAUGAAGUCACAAGAGUACGCGAGGACAAGCAGGAAGAGGAGGAGCGUCUUCAUGAGGUCAUCAGCACACUGCAGGCAGAGCUUGCCACACUGGGCCCCAACCUACAUGAAGUCAGCGACUCUCAGGAUGGCGACAGCAUCAAUCCCUCGCCUGCUCCCAGCCCCGAACCUCACCACUACACCAUCCAAGAAGAGAGACGAGGAGAGCCAAACAGCCUGAAGCAAGAACUCAGCCUGAGUCAUUCUUCGUCCUCUCGCUCCCUUCGGUCUCGUCUCAAGGCCCUUCAGAGUCAGUUGGAGACCGCAGUGGCAGAGAAAGAGGGAGUGGAGCGCCUGCUGCUCACUCAGGAGGAAGAGUACCGAGGACACGGGGAGGAGUUUGGAAGGAGGCUGAAAGCUGAGCGAGAGAAGGCAGAUGAGCUCCAAAGACUCCUCGUUCUCAAGGAAGCUGAGCUGGAGGAGAUUAAAGCUCAGGUAGAAGAAGAGAAAGAGAACAGGAAAAUAUCUGAGGAGAAGAGGGACAGCUUGAAAAAUCAAGCCCAGGAGGAGGAGCUCGCCCUGCAAGAGGAGAAAGCCCACCUCAGUUCUCUGGUUAUGGAACUCCAAAAGAAAGAACAGGAGAUGGUGAGAGAGAUUGAGACUCUGCAAACGAAGGAGCAGGAGAUGAAAAAAGAAAUCGGUGCCCUCAGAGAAACCAGUCACACUCUGGAGAGACAAGUCCAGGAUAUCAGGGCCGAGGUAGCAGACAUGGAAGAGCUGGUCACUGAGGAGAGGGCAAAGGUCCAAACCCUUGAGACUGUGAAGGGGGAGCUGUUUGACGAACGUGAGGCCUUGAGGAGGAGGGAGGUGAAACUGCAGGAGGAAAUUGAAAGGCUCAGACAGGAAGUCAAUUCACUGAGAGCCCGUAUUGAGGACAUGACCCUUCAGUUCAGUGAAAAGGAAGUCAGUGAAAAAGAGGCUCAAAAGGAGGUGCUGACCAAUGCUGAGGUGACUCUGGCUAAAGCAGACGCUGCCUUGAGACAGAAGGAGACAGAGCUAGCCACACUCGGGGCAGAGCAUCAGGGUCUGAGGGCGGAGCUGACUGCAGCGAAGCAGGGAUUGAGUAUCAGUACAGAAAAGGCUGAGAAACUACAUGAGGAAGGAAAGACUAAAGACCGUGCCCUAGCUGACCUGGAGGCUGAUAACCAACAGCUGAAAGCGGAGCUUCAGCGUUUGCAGGAGGACCUGUCUGUACAGGAAGAGGAACUGGCCUAUCAGCAAAGAGAACUACAGCAACUCAGACAACACUAUCACCAGCAGGACAUACUUCCUCACCAUCAAGGAUACUCAGAAAAGGAUUCUCACAGAGCUUUCGAAGAAGUUGUGAGCGUCUCUCGUGAUGAAGCCUCUCUGAGCUCUCCGGAGGUUUUAAGGAGACUCGAAUGUUCUGAGGACAGACUACCAGAACGGUUCCACACAUCAGUUCUCGGCUCUCGUCUGUCCGACCUGAGCGGUAUGAACAGCUCAUGCCUGGAUCUCCCCCAAGCCCACACCUCUCCCAGGAUUGUGAUGGAGCCACCGCACUCCAGGACCAUCACCCCAGAUCCAACCACACAGAGCACCCACUCACCAGGCUCCAUGUCGGUGUCUGACAACUUCUCCAUGCUGGAUUCACUGGACACUGACAAAGUGCAUGACUUGAAAGAUCUCGAUCUAACAGCGCCUUCAUCUCCUCUGGGCUCCACCUCAUCCUUGUCCGCUCCAGAAUGGGCCAGUGACGGAUAUGGCAGCAAUGUGAGCUCAGAGUUGGGUGCCAGGCUCAGACUCGAGCUGGAACAGACGGAAAGGCUAGAUGCUCAGUUUAUUGAGUAUCUCCGCUGCCGAGGCAUGAACCCCACUGCUAACACAGACAGUGCUGCAGGCAGUAUGAGCUAUAGCGAUGACCUGCUGUCACCUGAGCUUCAGGGUCUGUUGAAGAAAGUCUAUCAAGAAAGCUGCAGAAUCCUCACUUUGUCCCAACGUCGUACCACUUCCUCAUCCCACCCAUAUAUUCCAGACUUAACAGCCCUCUCCUUGCAUCAGACGCACCAUUACUCUGAAGAAAGCUCCACUCUACUGGACCAACGGGACAAAUCCUCCUCCAACCCCCCCAUGAGCUGGCAGCAGGAGAAGAGGGCGCUGCAGGAGACUGUGAUCGCUCUCAGAGAGCUGCUCUGUCGAAUGGCACAGAGACACACUCAUACUGACUACAGAGGUGAUGAUGACUGGCACAGAGAGCAGCUACACACUAUUGGACAGGUUGAAUCUCAACUGAGAGCUGAGCUAGAGGAGAGCCACAAACAGCUGAAAUGUGCCCAUGACACUCAGCAAGAGCAAAAGGACAAAAUGCAGUCACUCAGGCUGGCUGUAGAGGAGGGUGAGGGAGCUCUGAGGGCAGAGCAGACCAGAGUCCAGGAGAUCCAGCAACAACUGGAGCAUGAGAGAGAUCUGAGUCUUCGUAGGGAAAGAGAGGAGGAGCAGAGGAGAGAGGCUAUUCAGGUAUCUUCAGAACAGCAGAGGUCAGAGGUCAUGGCUCUGAAGGGUCAGGUGGAGCAAGGGAGAGUGGCAUGCAGCAACCUCAGACGCGAGCUUCAGAUAGAACAGUCCCGCAGUGUGCUGCUCGAGAAACGCCUAGAUGACACCCAGAAGGAGCUCGAAGAUGAACGCCAACGCUGCACACACCAACAAGAUCUCAACAUACAAGAGAAGACCCGUCUUGAGCGCCUCCUGACUGAGGAGCAAUCUCAGCUGGCCGAAAUUCACUCUAAGCUCUCUAAUGCUCACAGGAAGCUGGAUGAAGAGCGAGAGCGUUGCUCCAGGCAACUGGAUGAGAUCAGCCGCAGACAUGAAGCGGACGCAGCCAGGGACGGAAAGUUAAUCUCUGACAUGCGCGCCCAGCUGGAGCAGGAGCGACGGCAAGGGGAGGAGCUGGCAGUCUUGAUGAACAAGCUGAGAGCUGAGCUGCUGCAGAGCAAAAGGAAAUGGGAAGAGGAGGACAAAGUGAGGGAGGAGCAGCAGAGGGAGCAGGUCGCAACCCACCAUCGCAAAGCCAUGGAGACCUUGAAGGAGCAGAGAGAGGAAGCCAGCCGAGCUUUGGAGGAGGAGCGCAAGCGAUCCAGACACCAAGGAGCGGAACUGGCGGAGCUGAAGGAGAAUCUCCGACUGCUCAAGGACAAGGAAAGGGAGAGGGAAGAGCAAUGGGAGAGAGAGAGGAGGAAGGGGAGGCAAGAGCAGAUGGAGAGGGAGAGACGACAGGAGAAGACCAACAGCAAACUGUGUGAGUUGGAGUUGUUGAGGCAGCAGGACCAGCAACGCAUGCAGGAGCUGCAGCGCACUCUGGCAGAGCUCGAAAGGGAAGAGAGAGAGAUGGCUGCUCAGAGGCUGUCUGGACGAGCAGCAGCACAUCAACACAAGGCUUCAACUUCACAGCAUCUCCACGGUAACUUCCAGACUGACAGUAUCCAGGCCGGCAGCUCGCAACAAAACCAGCAGAUGUCGUCGUCGUCAUCCACUCUGCUGGAGAAGUUGUUGAGCGAGAACUCGGAGUUGACGGAGCGCGUGACAUCAGUGAGUCAGGAGAGAUCCACCCUCAAACUUAAACUCGCCUGCCUGGAGCGACAGCUGCGCCGCACGGAGAACGAGCUCGCCAAGGUCACCACAGAAACUGAAAACAGACCCAUCAGUGACUCGACCAGCCACGGAAAGGUGCAGCGUUUAUAUGAGCGCUACCUGCGUGCUGAGAGCUUCAGGAAAGCUCUGGUGUACCAGAAGCGGUAUUUGCUGCUGCUGUUAGGAGGUUUCCAGGAGUGCGAGCAAGCCACGUUGUGUCUCAUCGCCCAUAUGGGAGCACGGCCGUCACCCCAACUCUCCUCCCAGCAUAGACCCCUCAGGCGAUUCAGGGCUGCUGUACGAGUAGUCAUCGCAGUUUCAAGAAUGAAGUUCCUAACCAGGAAAUGGCAGAGAGCCAUCAGAAGGGUGUCUGUGUCUGGGACUGUCAAUGGGCAUGCUCCAGGGUCUAAAGCUGAGGUUUUAAGGCAACAACAGCCAAGAUCGAAUUCUGAUUCGCCACCAAACAGAGACAGCAGUGCCGGCCACAGAGACACCGUUUCUGCUCUCGUCCCACCCAGCAAAUCUCCCUUCAGAUUGAACAACAGGGCGUACUCCAGCUCCACUCUGGCCUCGGGGCAUUCGGGGGGAACAUCUCAGGAUCCAGAAAAAACCCUGACUGAAUAUAUCCAACAUCUUGAGAAAGUCCAGCAGCGUUUGGGUGGGGCCAGGCAAGGUUCGCCUCUCCUCCAUCCCGACAUAAAGAAGUCCGACCACUGAAACUAUGAAUGUCUCCUGUCUGCAUAUCGUCCAUGCCUUACACCUAUGUAAAGAUAUAAAGAAAGGAAUAUAACAUGUGUCACGUUUUUAAUGACAUGUAAUUUUUAUAAGUACAUAAAUUAUUUUUUAAGAUUUUCUAUGUAAUUUUUCUAUUCUCUGUACCUCAGCGUUGUGAAAGCUGCCCUGAGGAGUAAAUGUCAUCGUUUUUAAACUGUGCGGUUUGUUAUUUUUCUACUAAUGUUUUAUAUCCUUUUUAUUUGCUAUGUAAAUAGGACUGACAGUCAUUGUACAUGUGUCCAGAUGUGGUAUUUAUACUGCAAAUCCAUGAUCAACAGUUUGAGUGUGUGCAUUGUUGCAGAAAGGUGUUUUUGUAUUAUUUGUGUUUCUACUUUAAAAGUUAAUAAAUAUUCAAAAUGUGU